AUGCCUGGUAGCAGAGAAUUCGAUCGUGUCGACUACGACUUGGAGAAAACCUUAUAUCCCGAUGAACCCAAUACCGAAGGAACAAGCACGCCUGAACAUUUGAUGGUACAUCGUCUUCAUACCAACUUGACUGACACCUUGGAAUCGCACUCGGAUGUCAAGCAAGCUCCUCGUCCUGCUCCCAUCACUGAAAAGGGCAUGACUACAUCCAUUGACAUGCCUCAGCAAAUGGAUGACAAGGCUUCGAUCGAAAUCUCUACUGACGAUGGUGAAGAUGAAAUCAAAAAGGACAGCAAGUUUAGCCUGUUCUACAAGAGACACAAGGUUUGGUUCCACAUUGCGUAUUUCAUCAUCUUUACUGGCUUCUUGGCUGCUGCUUAUGCUAUUCAAGUGCCUAAGGGCUACAAUCAAGAGAACUUGAUCCUGGGCUUGAUUUAUGCCUUCUUUUGUUUGAAAUUCUUGUUCAAGUAUGUAUCCACAAGCCAUAUCACAAAGCCUGUUGUUUGGUGUGGCCGUAAAGUAAUGGCUCCCUACAUGCGUCUUCCUGAACUCUAUCGUACGCUUGCCUAUGGUGUCUUUGUUUUAGCAGUGAUUCUGAUUACCGUGUUCUGUCUUCCCGAGAAGCCUGAAUCAAACCGCUUGCAACGUUUGCAAGCUCUCUUUGGUAUGAUUGUCUUUUUGUUCUGUUUGUGGGCAACAUCCAAUAACCGCAAGGUUGUCAACUGGAACACCAUUUUGAGUGGUCUCUUGUUGCAAUUCUUGCUGGCCUUGUUCGUCUUCCGUUGUUCUGUUGGCCAUGACAUCUUCAAUUGGGCUAGUACAUUUGCCCAGGGUUACCUUGAAAAGGCUUCUCACGGCACCUCCUUCAUCUUUGGUAAUGCUGUUGCAGAAUCUGGCAUUUUCGCUGUUACCGUAUUUCCCACGCUGAUUUUCUUUGCGGCUACUGUUCAAGUCUUGUAUUACUAUGGUGCCUUGCAAUUCUUGCUCAAAAAGUGUGCUACCUUCUUCAUGGCUGCUCUCAAGGUAUCUGGUGCAGAGUCCAUUGUCGCAGUAGCCUCUCCUUUCUUGGGUCAAGGCGAAAAUGCCUUGUUGAUCAAACCUUUCUUGCCCUAUUUGACUCAAUCAGAAAUGCAUCAGGUUAUGUGUUCUGGUUUUGCUACCAUCUCAGGUUCCGUCUUGUAUGGUUAUAUUGCCAUGGGUGUUUCUGGUGAAGCCCUGUUGACUUCUUGUAUCAUGUCUAUUCCCUGUUCUUUGGCUGUUUCAAAAUUGCGUAUGCCUGAAGAUGAUGUACCAAUCACUGCCAAUGAAGUUCGUGUGCCUCCUAGUGAUGAAAAGCCUGCCAAUGCUUUACAUGCUGCUGGUCAUGGUGCUGCUACUGGUAUGAACAUUGCGCUUUUGAUGUGUGCCAAUUUGAUCUCUCUUUUGGCCAUGUUGUAUGCUGUCAAUGCUGGUUUGACUUGGCUCGGCAAAUUUGUCACUAUUGACGAGUUGACUCUGCAAUUAAUCACCGGUUACAUCUUUGUACCUGUCUCCUGGUUAAUGGGUGUUGAGCCCCAGGACGUCGUUACAGUUGGUCAAUUACUUGCUACCAAGAUUUGGGCUAAUGAGUUUGUCGCUUACCAAGCCUUGGCUUCGACUUACAUCAACAUCUUGACUCCUCGUUCUUACCUGAUCACUACUUAUGCUCUUUGUGGUUUUGCCAACUUGGGUAGUGUGGGUAUGCAAAUUGGUGUCUUGAGUACAUUGGCUCCCAAGCGUAGCGGUGAUAUCGCUAGUCUGGCUGUUUCCGCCAUGAUCUGUGGUGCUUUCAGUACUUGGAUCUCUGCCGCUAUCGCCGGUAUGCUUCUCUAG